UGUGACUCAAUCUGAUAUGCGUGUACAUUGGUGAAAUAGGAUUCAUACACUGUUGGGGUCGUGCGUUGGAUCAAUAUGGCAGAUACCAAUCCACCGUUUACUGAGGAGUCGGCGAGAAAAAAGGUCAAAGCAGCACAGAAUCUGUGGAAUACCCAAGAUCCAGUACGUGUCGCUCAAGCCUAUACACCAGAUUGCGUUUGGCGCAAUCGUACUUCAUUCUUUUCCGGGACGGAUAACAUAAUCCCUUUCUUAACUGCGAAAUGGAAUCGUGAAGCAAAUUACAGGCUUCGAAAAGAGUUGUUUUCCUUCUCUGACGACCGUAUCGCGGUGCAAUUCUGGUAUGAAUACCAAGAUGUUCAAGAUGGGAUGCGCUGGAAGCGCUGCUAUGGCCUCGAGGACUGGACAUUUGACCGAGAAACGGGGAAGAUGAGGAAAAGGAUGAUGAGUGGUAAUGACCUGGUUUUGGGGCCUGAUGGGAACGGGGAAGGGAGGUGGUUUGUCGAUGGUGUUGAUGUUGAAGAUGUGGUGAUUAGUGAGGAACAUUGGUGACGAGCUUAUUCGACCACACCAGUUCUUAUUGCACGAUUCGACUUAACUGUUGUGCAAUUUUGCAAAAGUGACAUGCCAAGUCAAUUAUGACACCGGCCUUCCAUAAUCUCCGACUGUUUGGCAUAUUGAUUUAUACUGCCAAGUUCUGGCUCAUCCCUUAAGAUCGAAGCUAGUUCACCUAUCAUUUAGGUGAAUCUUCCCUGAUCGCCAAGAAGAACCCAGCUUAGCUUUGAUCGAUCUCUGGGAAAUUAUCUGCACGUGACGAGCAUGCGUGGACUGUCUCGUUCGCGAUAUCAGGAUACUAGUCUUUUUAGCUGAAUGUCCCUCCUUCAUCCCUUGAUUCAGAGCCCCUCCCCCCCUUCCCAACCCUAAUACUGAUCUUUUGCCAUCAAGGAUGUUGUUGUGUAAAACAAGAAAAGAAUAGUAGGAGGAAUAAAAGGAAAGGGACAGAUGUUGAGGUCUUUGCAAGAUAAUGCUUUUACUGCCGAGAAUCUGCAGCGCUUCUGAAAAGCCCAAAGGGAGGAAUGUAGACAGGCUGGAACAAAGCCAGCCACUGUGUAGCCUCUCAGUAUCGGCGAAUGUACCUUAUGACUGAGGGCACGAGGAUAUCCCUGGUGGAGACUUCUGUAUGCUACUGGGAGCAAGGGGUGCGGUAGCUGUCGAAGUACUACCGCUG